AUGAUCCAUCAAAAGGCCCCCUUGAACCCAGCAGGGGAGGAGCGGGAAGCGCUCUCCGCCCUGGGGGUUGCUGUAGUCUCAAGAGACGAAACCAUCAUUCCCCGUCUGCUCAACGCGGGGGCACGGCCGGGUCAGAACGAAGAACCGUGCCCCAUCGCAAGGGCAAUAGAAACUGAUCAACCACGAGUCGUCAAACUUCCUCUUGAGCAUGGAAUCAGACUUAACAGCGAUACAGAUGAACUGGAUUUGAGCAUGGACGGUCAUGCAGCGUUGUUCACCGCUAUCAUGGAUAGCCAAUACGAGAUGGUCGAGUUUCUCAUUGAAGAGGGCGCAAACCCGCAUCUGGAGUGCAAAUUAUGGACACACGAUUACAAUGGCUGUUCUGAGACACUCUUUUAUAGAUCCAUAGGGUUUGCUAUUCACUUUCGGCGCCUGCGAAUUCUGAGGCUCCUGCUAGCAAAGGGUGUCCUCCCAGGGCAGGGUGAUUUGUGCUUAGCAGUGAAGAAGGAAUUUGAGGCAGUGGCACUGCUAUCCAAAUUCUCCAACCAAAACUUACCCCAAAAGGAAAGUAUAGAGAGUUAUCUCCUUUGGCAACAGAUAAACAGACAAGAUAACGGUCUUGACUUCGAGAUCCCUCAUAAGUCGUGGUUCGUUUUCGAUUCUACUUUGCCUCAAGAGCCCGAGAAGACGGCGGGUCCUUCAGGGUGUGGAUGUGAUAAACUUGUACAAUACGGAUACUAA